AUGGCAACGCCCUCCCCAGUAACCAUAGCUAAGCCAACCCGCUCCAAUGGCGUUCUCUCAGUAUCAGCCUCUGCUACGCAAAAGAAAUUUGGGGGUGCUACUGAACGAAGACCGUCACAGUCUGCUUCACGUCUGAAGCUCGUCAUAAGACGACUGCCUCCUGGCUUAACACAGACAGAGUUCGAAGGAGGUCUCGGGGAUGAGUGGAAAGUGGGUAGGGGAAAAGUCUCCUGGUUAUCUUACAAGGCUGGCAAAAUAUCUAAAGAUCCCGCAAAGCCCUCGCGACCUUCCAGAGCAUAUGUCCAUAUGACGAAUCAAAUUCAAAUCAACUCACUCUCGGACAAAGUGCGUAACACGUCAUUUGUCGACUUAAAAGGUACCACUAAAGAUCCAUGUCUUCUUGGCCCACCUUCAGUCGAAUUUGCUCCUUAUGGACGAACACCAAGCGGGAGACCGCGAAAAGAUGCUCGACAAGGCACAAUAGAUCAAGAUCCCGAAUUCAUGAGCUUCUUGGAGAGCCUUACGAAUCCAGUCAUGAAGGCUGCUACAAUGGACCAAGAGGAUGAAAGUACCAAAAUUAAAGAGAAGGUCACUGUGACACCUCUCAUUCAGUUUAUUAGGGACAAGAAAGCAAACAAAGGGAAAGAGAAUGCAGCAGCUAAAAGUGCGAAGCAAGCUCGACAAGAUAAAGAUGGCAAGGGUGGAGAUGGAAAGGCGGCUGCUCAGCCGCCACAAUCUCCUAAGAAGCGAAGCGCUCAGGCGAUGAAAGUCGAACAAGUCGCUCGUGAUGCAGUGAAGGUACUGAAUAAACAAGCUGCGAAUACGAAAGUAACUUCGCAAACACCGACAGGCCCCAAACCUCAGACGGUCACUCCAAAGGUGGUACCGAACAACGCUGCUAAUGCUGCUUUGGCAAACAAACAACGUGAGAGGGGCAAUGUCAAAGCUGCUGCGCAGAUGCUACAAAGGGAUCUUGGCUUAAGUGGAAAUUCUAGGAACCGAGGUGCAAAGCAGGUAAUACAAAGUUCUACACGCAAGAGUAUUCCAGGAAACAAUCAAGCUGCGACCGCGUCUGCUCCAGCUACCACUUCAUCCCCACCGACCCCGCAAGCUUCUGCACCAAACAAGGCCGCUGCACAAACACCAGCGAAUGUCGUCUCUAUUUCCCAGCCAGCGACAUUGCAGCCACCUACUGGACCUGCAGCAAACCGUAACCCACCAAGAUCAGCAGCGAUGCCGCCUGCGCAACCUUCUUCUUCGAAGGACAAGCCGCCAUCUUCCACAUCAACACAAGCAUUUCUCAAGCAUGCAAAUCCCUCUCAAGGUGUGACUGAGCCUUUGCUACAAGAAGCCUUCAAAGCAUUUGGAACGGUCAAGCAUGUAGAGAUUGACAAGAAAAAAGGCUUCGCAUAUGUGGACUUCGCGGAGCCAGAAGGUCUGCAGAAGGCCAUCAGGGCCAGUCCAAUCAAGAUAGCUCAAGGUCAGGUGCAAGUACACGAACGCAAGACUGGGCCACAGCUCCAGGCCAAGACCAACUUACGAAAUGGUGGGCCCGCGAUUAACAACAAUAAUGUGCGCGGUGGGCCUAUGAUCGGCCAAAACAAUCCACGAGGCGGACCUGCGCCACCUGGUCCUCCCCGCGGUGGACAUGGCAACAAUCGCGGUGGGCCCGCCCUAGGACCAAGGGCAGGUCCCAUGAGAGGGCGUGGAGGAGCUGGUCGGGGUGGUCUCAAUACGUCUAAUGUCCAUCGUGGUAAGGCAGGAAUGCCAGGCGCAACGAAUGCCUCCACGACAGCUCCUGCGGUGGCUGCCCCAGUAUCCUCAUCUACGAACGUUUCUGAUUCAACCAAGGGUGCCGACACUGUGUCAUCUAGGGGCUGA